AUGGAGUUUGCUAAAGGAAAAAUCAAUGGCCACCAAAAUGUCAUUGUGAUGCGCCACGGUGAUCGAGCCGACCAUUGCGAGCCACUUUGGGCUUCAACCGCUGUGAGACCGUGGGAUCCUCCGCUCGUUCACGACGGUAAGGUUCGAGCCUUUCAAACCGGUCAAAGAAUCCGAUCUCAGGUUGGGUUUCCGAUUCACCGUGUCAUUGUUUCUCCUUUCCUCCGCUGCAUCCAGACCGCUGCUCAAGUCGUCGCCGCUCUCUCAGCCGUCAAUCUCGAUGACAACGCUAUGUCUUCUAAAGAUGUGCCUUCCAUAUAUAACUCUAAGCUCAAGGUAGCUAUUGAAUUUGGAUUGUGCGAGAUACUGAACACAGUGGCUAUUAAGAGUGAGGUUGCUCCCAAAGAUGGAAAGUUUGAUUUCAAGAUUUCAGAUCUACAAGCUAUGUUUCCUGAGGGAACAGUUGACAUUAAUGUGGAUAUGGCUUGUAAAGAGUUGCCACAAUGGGAAGAAUCUGCGGCAGGCUUUAAAGAACGAUAUGUUAGUACACUGAAGGUUCUUGCAGACAAGUAUCCAUCUGAAAAUUUGUUAUUAGUCACUCAUUGGGGGGGAGUAGGUACUAUACUUUACAAAUACUUCAAUGACGCAACUAAGUACUUAGUAGAUUACUGUGGUUGUGUUGAACUGAGAAGGCAGGUUUCGAAUAAUAAUGAAUCUGAGGAAUUUGAGGUGGUUACUAGUCAUGGUGUAGCUUUCAAGGACAACAAAGCCCCAAUCCAUGGUCCUGUUAUAACCUAAUCUCCUAUUUACCCGGUUUUGUAUAUGAAUAUUUGGUUUCACAGGUUUGAUUCAAUAAAAUAA